UCCAUCCCUCCUCUCCACAUCCCCAUCCCACUCACGGGCUCUGCUGCUCUUGGAUAACAUCCCAAGGAAAACUGGGAUUUACUGCAGCUUCUCCAGGGUGUCUCCCUCUUGCCCUGGAUGGAACCCAGCUCUGGUUGCCCCUGUGAUAAAAAAAACCAAAUUUUCAUCCCAUUUUUGUUCCCUCCCAGUUCCCAACCCCAAAUUCCAGUCAGGUUUACCAUGAGCAGGAGCACAAGGGAUGAGUUUGGGUCUGCUCCAUGGGAAAGAUCUGGGAAGGGACCCCUGGGGCAAAUUCACCCCCUGCCCUCCCAACACCGCCUUUCCCGGAUUUUUCCAGAGGGUUUUUCCCUCCGGGAUGGAACAGAACCCCCCACAAAUGUUUGUCUGGUUGCUAAGGGCACUCCUGGACUCCUCUUUCCCACAAAUUCUUGAGCGGGUGCUGAUUCCCACAAAUUCCUGAGCUGCUGCUCCACCGGAGGAUCCUGUGGCUCUGCGUGGGGCAGGUCGAGGUCGGGAUGGAUUUUUUGGGUUUUUUUCUGGAUCUGCCCCAGCUCCCUGCACGCAAACCACACAGAUUUCCCCAAAUCCAAUUCCUAUUAAAGCUAACCAGGUUCAGUGCACCGGGGGAGGAAAAAAUAUCAAAUUUUCUGGCUCUGUUAGGAUUUUUAUUGGGAUUUUUAUUGGGAUUGGGAAUCCUGUGCAGGAGAGUGGGGGGAUAAAGGGCAUGGAUGCUCCUCUGGAUGCCUGGAAUUGGAGUCAGAGCUGCCAGAGGUGCCCAGGAGUUGGAUGCUGGAGGAUCCCGGCCUGGCUUUGGAUGUUCCUGGGGGUUUUGAUUCGCUCCCAAGGUGCAGGACAGCAGCUCCCGCUCCCUCCUUCCCGUUCCUUUCCUGGCCUGCAGAGUCCCCUUGCUCCCAUUUCCUGGGAAUCCUUGUUUGUCCCCUCCUGUCCCCGUCCCCAGCCCAUGGGGACCCCUCCUGGGGUGACAAAGCAGGAGGAGAGACCUGGAAAUGGGAGAAGCUCGUGGGGACCUUUUCUCCUCAUCAGGAUUCUGAGGGAUCCACACCAGAUCCGGGCCGGAUCCGGGGUCGGUGCCGACCCAAGGGCAGCUCUGGGGGCAAGGAAGGGCUUGGAGGGGCUGAUCCCAACAUUCCCAACAUUCCCAACAUUCCCAGCUCCGUGCUGGGAGAGCUCAGGACAGUUCCUGGCCGCUUUGAUGGCCAGAUGGGAGCAGAUGGCGGAGAAAAGGGGGGAAGAAACUUUCACGUGUCGGAAUUAAGUGGAACAGGAUGGGCCCAGCCCGGGGAUCGGGGGCAGCUCCUGUGGCUCAUCCCGACCCCAUCCCACAGGAAAACUCUGGGAUCACUCCCAGGAACCCCCUGCACCCCCCGGGACCCCCCAGGACCCCCUGACCCCCUGUUCCUCCUCCAGCCCCGCGUUCUGACAGAUCCCAGCGCGUUCCAGCAGCGUGAGGUCACCGCGCCGGGGAAAGGAUCGCGGGGCCAUCCAUCAGCCGGGAUCAAAGCCCCGCGGGUUCCCCUUCCCAGCGCCAUCCCAGCGCCCCAAAUUCCCCGCGGUUGCCGCAGCAACCACACGGGCGGGAGGGAUGCUCGGCGGUUUUGGCCGCCCCGCAGCUGUUUCCACUCCGGGGCCGCCGUAACUGGAAAAACCUGCGGGUCUCAAGGCGCUUCCCAGCCUCCAGGGGCAGCGGCUCUUCCCGGCUCCCUUUCAUCUUUCCCAUUUAUCAGCCUUAUCCUCUUUUUUUUGGUUGGUUUUUUUUUUUUUCUUCCUUCACGCGGGAUGAAACGGGGAUUAUUUUUGUCCUCUGGAACAAAGAAAAGGAGCUUGGAAAGAAAAUCUCCAAACAAAGCAAAACAAAACCCUCUGAGAGCACCAAACGCUUCCGCAGCACUGCCAAGGCCACCCUCACCAUGUCCCCAAGUGCCACCUCUCCUCUGAAACCCCCCAGGGAUGGGCACCCCACCCCUGUCCUGCCCAGGAGGAAUUUUCCCAAUGUCCAACCUAAACCCUUGGUGGCACCACUCGAGGCUGUUUCCUGCUGUCCUGUCCCUUGUCCCCUGGGAGGAGAUUCCCCUAAAAACCCCCCAAAAUCCUCUUGGGAGGAGAUUCCCCCAAAAACCUCCCAAAGUCCCCCUAGGAGGUGAUGGAUGUGAGGGGUAGGGGGAAAACCAACAGGGGACGUGUCCAGAGGGGCCAGGAAUUGGUGGGAAUCGGGAAUUCAAAUCUGCCAUCCGGUGACUUCUCCCUGAGUCAAGUGAGCUGGGCUUGGCUCAGUUGUUUUUCUUUCUUUAAGGCUUGAAAUUUUCCCCGAUGUGUCAAAAGCAGCAGCAGAAAAACCCCCAGCGAGCUGGAGGAGUUAUUGAAACCACUUUGGUGCCUCGUGACCUUUCCAUGAGGAGUUUGGAUGAAUAUCCUCCCAAAAAAAAAAACACUCACUGAAAGAACAAAUUGAAAUGUUUGAGGGAAAAGCCACAACCCCUCCAAAUGUGGGGACAAAAGCCCCUUGGGGUGUGGGGCUGCUCCUUCCUGCACUUCAAAGCUCAUUGUGUUCCUCCGGGAUCCCAGCCCCAAUCCCAAACCUCCCCUCCCCCGGCCAGAACCCUUCUCCUGGUGAAAUUCAAUUCAAUUUUAUUUUCUUUUAAAAGGAAAACAAUAAAAAAAAAAAAAAAAAAAAAGAAGAAUUAAUUAAGGAAUAAAGGCCAGGCACAGGCCGAGCCUCAGCUGGAGCUGGUGGCAGCUCCCCAGCCCUCGGCAGCGCUGCUGGGGCAGAGGGCUCCAGAUCCAGCCCCAAUCCCAUCCUGGGGGAUUCCCAGAGAGGUCCUGCCCUUCCCCUUCUUCCUCCUGCUCCCCUUCCUCUUCCAUUUCCUCUUCAUUUUCCCCUUCCUCUUCCACCCAGGAGCCGCUGGUUACUCAACAGGAAUUUGGUGAUGGAUCAGUGUGAUGAGGGAGAUGAGAGCGAUGGAUGGAUGGAUGGAUGGAUGGAUGGAUGGAUGGAUGGAUGGAUGGAUGGAUGGACGAAGGAAUGGCCUGGUGGAUGGACAAAUGGACACAAACUCAAGCUCAUUUUGACCAAAGCCUUUCCUCAAGAGCCCUACGGAUGCCGAUCUCCCUUUGGUUGCUUCUUCCUUUGGAUUUUGGGAGUUCCUGACCCGCUCAUUGCAGCCCCUGUGGCUCCACAUCCCCACCUGGCUCCCUCACAGGUGAAAGUCUCCUCUUCCACCCCAAACAAGGGGAUAUUUCUUUGCGGGGUCAACUGGGUUGAAAAAUCAAUUUAAAACUCCCCCAAAGCCACCGCCGAGCUCCAUGGCUGGGGCUCCCUUGGCACCGAGAGCGUCCCUGACAUCCGGGCGGCAGCCGGAGCAUCUGUGCCGGAGGGCUCGGGGUGGCGGUGGGGAGGGAGAGAGGAAAUCUGGAACCCAUAAGCUCCAGAGCCGCUGGCGUUCCCCUGCAUUGGUCUGCGCCUGGUCCGCCCCCGCCGCGCUCGCCCUAUCAGCAGGAGCCGUUCCCCAAGUCAUCCCAGAGCCCUCCUCUCCUGGCCCAAAGGAAAAGCCAAGGAGCUCCUUGGAGGGCUCUGCGGGGCUUGGGGCGCCCGGGGAGCCCCAGGGCGGACGCUCCGGGCCUCGCCUCGGGAGCCCGGGCAGCCGAGGAGAUGAAGGAGGAAAACCUUUCCCCGGAGUCCCCCGAGGGCAGCGCGGCCACCAGCGAGGACGAGGCCGAGCGGCUGCCCAGGAAGAGCGGCCGCAAGCGCGGGCAGGGCCCCGGCGGAGCCCCCGAGGCCCAGGGCAAGCGCAGCCGCCGCAGCCCGGCCCCGCAGCCCCCCGAGGACGCCCACGCCCAGCGCGUCAUCGCCAACGUGCGGGAGCGCCAGCGCACCCAGUCCCUCAACGACGCCUUCGCCGAGCUGCGCAAGAUCAUCCCCACGCUGCCCUCGGACAAGCUCAGCAAGAUCCAGACGCUCAAGUUGGCCGCUCGCUACAUCGACUUCCUGUGCCAGGUGCUGCAGAGCGACGAGCUGGACCACAAGGUCGCCACCAGCUGCAACUUCCUGGCCCACGAGAGGCUCAGCUACGCCUUCUCCGUGUGGAGGAUGGAGGGCGCCUGGUCCAUGUCGGCGUCGCACUGAGCCGGGUCUCCGCCUCGAUGGAAGCAGCUCCAGCACCCAAAACCCCACCAGAACCUCCCUGGAGAGAGGAGGGAAGGACCCCAAACCCCUGACAGCCCCAGGGACCCCAAAAACUUUAGGGAUGAGCCCGAGGGAGCCACAGCAGGAGCUGCUUUGGGUCGGUUCGGACGCUGCUGGAGGAACUCGGGGCUGUGAUUUAUUGUGGGCUCGCAGGUAAGGAACCAUCCCCAGAUCCCAAUUUCCUCCUGUGGGACUGCCAGAGAGCUGAGCCCUUCCCAGAGCAGGACAAUUCCUCCAGGAUGAGGGGAAGGGGAAGGGCUGGAGCCCCCCAAGGACCUCGGGGGUCCCCCCACUUUCAUCCCGCUCCGAAGGCUCCGCGCUGGGACGAUUCCAUGGAUUGUGUUCCCAUGGAUUGUGUUGUGUUCCCAUGGAUUGUGUUCUGUUCCCAUGGAUUGUGAGGAUCCAGGGGGAUUUGGGGGCUGCUGACCCCCCAGGCACCCCCAGCCACUCCUGCCCCACGGAUUGGCCUCACCAAUGCCCCAAUUCCUGGAUUGGAACCUCCCAAUUCCUCAGGAUUUAUCAGGAAUUGAGGUUGGAGACAGAGCUGUUGGGAAUUUUUGGAUUUUGGGGCCAUUUGGGAACUCUGAGUGGAUUUGGGCUCUUUUGGGGGUGUGGGGAAAGGACAGUGGAGGUCUUGGCGUGCCCAAAUCGACCCCAAUAAAGCCCAGGGGGAAUUUCCAGGGUUCAAUUCUUGUUUUUCCUAGGGAAUGGUGCUGCCAGGUCCGCCCUGCACCUCCCUCGGCUGGGCUGCUUUUGUUGGAAUAAAGAAAAAAAAAUCAGGUUUUUUUUGCCUGUUAUGGCAGAAAAAGAGGGGGAAAUUCCCUUCCAGGGAGGCUGCAACAGGCCUGAGCCCCCAAAUAUUCCAUGGGAGAGGAAUUCCAGUUGUGAUCAGGUUUGGGGCGCACCAGAGAACCCACGGAGGAGCCACAGGAAGGCCCAGAGUGACUUUUCUACCCAAUUCCCAAUUUUCAUGUGCAGUGGGAUUGGAUUCCCUGCUCCGAGGAGUCGACUGCAGCCUUCAGAAAAAUCUGGAGGUGCUUUAAAAAAUCAGAGUUCUGUUAAAAACAGGGCUGUGGUGGCUUCGUUCGGGAAGGAUUUUACAGCUGAGAAACAAAAUCGGCUUUAGAACUUAAAAUCUUCCUUCAAAAAGUAAUAAAUUGUGCUUGAAAAAUAAAGGGCAAAAACCUA